AUGAUUGCGCCUGUACUCUCAUUUGGCCUCACUGUCCUUUCGUUACUUUCUCCAACAAAUGCCGCAAUAGGACCAGUAGCAGAGCUCGACAUAGUCAACAGACAUAUCGCCCCGGAUGGAUACAGUCGCCAGGCUAUACUUGCCAACGGCAUCUUCCCAGGUCCCCUAAUUGUGGGCCAGAAGGGCGACACCUUCAGAUUGAACGUAAAGGACUCUUUGAACGAUCCAACAAUGAAGACCAGUACCAGCAUACAUUGGCACGGUCUCUACCAAGAAAAAACCACGUGGGCAGACGGUCCCGCUUUCGUGACGCAAUGCCCAAUCGUUCCGGGACAUUCUUUCGAGUACAACUUCCACGUCCCCGAACAAGCCGGUACCUUUUGGUACCACGCCCACUACGGCACGCAAUACUGUGACGGUCUUCGCGGCCCUUUCGUUAUUUACGAUGACUGCGACCCGCACAAAGAUCUCUAUGACGUUGAUGAUGAAUCCACGGUCCUCACAAUCGGGGAUUGGUAUCACCCAACUGCAGAGGAACUCGUAGCUAGAGGCGGCCCACCCCAGCCCGACCUGACUGUCUUCAACGGUAUCGGUCGCUCGGUAGACGGUCCCCCAGUCCCACUGUACGUCUUGAAUGUCGAGCAGGGCAAGAGGUACCGCAUUCGACUCAUCAACAUCGCUUGCGAACCCAAUUACAACUUCACCAUCGACGGCCACCAAAUGACCAUUAUUGAAACCGACGGCGAGAACACGGUACCCCUUGAUGUAGACGCUAUCGAUAUCUUCGCUUCUCAACGCUACUCCUUUGUUCUCCACGCCAAUCAGCCCAUUGGCAACUACUGGAUUCGUGGCAACCCCAGCGCCGGUCCCACAGGCUUCCAGAACGGUAUCAACUCUGCUAUCUUGCGCUACAAGGGAGCACCCCUUGUCGAGCCCAGCACGCCCUAUAUCAACGCUACGAAUCCUAUGCGAGAAGUCGAUCUCCACGCCUUAGAGAACCCAGCCGCGCCUGGCCUACCCUUCCCCGGCGGCGCUGAUAUCCUCCUCAACUUUGCUUUCUCCUUCGACCCCAUGACGUCGAGAUUCGCUACGAACGGCGUCUCAUUCCAGUCCCCCACUGUUCCCGUCCUCCUUCAGAUCCUCAGCGGUGCCCAGAGCGCGCAGAGCAUGCUCACCGAGGGCGGCGUUUACACUCUCCCACCGAACAAGGUGAUCGAAAUCUCGAUGCCCGGAGGCGUCAACGGCGGACCCCAUCCUUUCCAUCUCCACGGUCACACCUUCUCGGUCGUUCGGAGCGCCGGAAGCUCGGUGUAUAACUACGAGAAUCCCGUCCGCCGCGACGUCGUCUCCAUCGGCGAUAGAGGCGACAACGUCACCAUUCGCUUUGUCACUGACAACAACGGCCCGUGGUUCUUGCACUGCCACGUCGACUGGCACUUGGACCUCGGCCUUGCUGUCGUUUUGGCUGAGAACCCCCGUGACGUGCCAUACGACGAGCCCAUUCCUCAGGCUUGGUAUGAUCUGUGCCCCAUCUACGACGACUAUAACCGCACGCAUCCUUCGACCUAA